AUGACAGCAAGACUUCUAGGAACACCACUGACUGUGCUCUUCCUUGGUCUCUUUGGAAUCCUGGAGGCAACAAAAAUAUCAUGCAGAAAUGAAGAAGGAGAAGCUGUGAAUUGGUUUACCUUUUAUAAGUUGCCCAAAAAGCAAAACGAGGAAAGCAGAGAGACUGGGUUAGAGUACCUGUACCUAGACUCUACAACCAGAAGCUGGAGUAGGAGUAAGCAACUAAUGAAUGCCUCCACGAGUGUUUUGGGAAGGACAUUACAACAACUGUAUGAAGCAUCUGCCUCUGAGAAUAACAGCACAGCCUAUCUAAUAUACAAUGAUGGAGUCCCUAAAUCCGUGAAUUACAGCAGAAAGUAUGGACACACCAAAGUUCCUGAAGAAGGCUAUGAUUAUCCACCCACAGGGAGACGAAAUGGACAAGCUGGCAUCUGUAUAACUUUCAAGUACAACCAGUAUGAAGCAAUAGACUCUCAGCUCUUGGUCUACAACCCAAACAUUUACAGCUGCUCCAUCCCUGUAACCUUUCACAUGGAGCUCAUCCACAUGCCCCAGCUGUGUGCUGGAUCCAGCUCCUCAGAGAUCCCAGGCCGGCACCUGGCCACACUUCAGUCAGCCCAGGGACAAAAAUUCCUCCAUUUUGCCAAGUCUGAUUCUUUUCUUGACGACAUCUUUGCAGCCUGGAUGGCUCAACAGUUGAAGACACACUUGCUAGCAGAAACCUGGCAGCGAAAGAGACAAGAGCUUCCUUCAAACUGCUCCCUUCCUCACCAUGUCUACAAUAUCAAAGCAAUUAAGAUAUCUAGACACUCUUAUUUCAGCUCUUAUCAGGAUCAUGCCAAAUGGUGUAUUUCCCCCAAGGGCACCAAAAAUCACUGGACAUGUAUUGGAGACCUAAAUCGGAGUCCAUACCAAGCCUUCAGAAGUGGUGGAUUCAUCUGUACCCAGAAUCAGCACAUUUACCGAGCAUUUCAAGGAUUAGUUUUAUAUUAUGAGAACUGUAACUAA